GCUUUUUGAGAGCCGCUUCCUGGCGACAGCGAAGAUGAUGAUCCGUGCAAUUGUCGAGCGCUUGGCCAAGGUGAUUCCCGAAGAGAUGCUUGAAGACGUCUUUCCAAAGGCCCAUCUUCCUUUGCUGCGCCACGUGCAGAAGCAGCUCUCGAGGAAGGGCCGGCCCAAGACGGUGCGGGAGAAGGCUGCCGAGGAGGAGCCCGAGGAGCCCCAGGAGGAGGAGAAAGAGACGGCCCGGCGGCGUGGGAAGAAGCAGCCCGAGGCUGCAAGCUGGGAGGCCUUCAAGGCUGGCGACGAGGGCGAGGCAGAUGCUGCGGACCCAGACGGGGAUGCUGACAUGGAGGGAGCCGCGAAGGCUCCCAAGAAGCGCGGCCGGGCAGAAGGCACAACGAAUGAGCCCCCCAUGGCUGCAGCAGUGGCGCACAGCGCUGUGCAG